AGACUUCUGGUUCUUUACGAUACGUCUCGGGCAACACCAGGCGAUGUGAUCGAUCAUUUCUGUGAUGCAGUAAACGCGUUUAAGCCCCCCGGAAGUCUGGAAAUUAAAGAAAGGGACAUAAAAGUCCUGCAGCUGACUGCUGAUACUAACGAUUCUUCCAGUGUUUUGUCUCUCUCUGAAUCGCAAAGCACCGACGUCAAGCCGUGGAUAUCAGAAUGGCUAAAACAAAAUGGCGUCGUGCUCGUUUGUACUCUUUCUAAACACGAUAUCAAGUCAUUCCUUGACGAUGUCAACUUAAAAAGUGGAAAGCUAGUGCUAUUCUCACUAGGAAAAUGUAACCCAAACUCCUGGAACGGUUGCGUUCGCCUGGAUCUAGAUCCCGAUGAUGUAACAAGCCCAAAGGAUUUCGAAGAUCGUUUAGAAGAACUUGUGGCGACUGUUAAAGCUGAAUGAACGGCAACAUUGACAAGCGACGCUUUCGAAAACGUUUUCGGUGUUUUCGAUUCAGUCCCUGUUCUUUGAAAUACCUCACCUGUAUCUUUUUUACUAACUGUACUCUUUACUCUUGCCGUGAACAGUUUCGACAUUCAGUGCUAACUGGUACUCCGUUCUUUAUCGUUGCCUUCCGUGGACACAGCCACGUGACCACAGAUGUCACGUGGGUGAUAGUCUGUCCAGGUUUGCUGGCAUCUGUGGUCAUGCGGCUGUGUCCACGGAAGGCAAAGAGUUUAGUUAGCAAUUCGCGCACGCGCAACUCUAUAGAUUUUUUGAAUGACGGUCAAAAAAAUUCAAUCUUAAGCUGUCGUUUUCCUUAGCAUGUGUGCCAUCAUUUAACCAAAAUCAUAAUCUUCCAUACUAAAUAUUUCUUUUUCGGUUUCAUCAUCCUUAGUUUCAGUUUCUGCUCUUAUCCUGCUCAAUUUAGUUCUUGCGUUUCGUUCAUUAAAGUAAAGUCCCGUUGAUAACUUAUAUUGAUGCCCACGCUGACUCAAUAAUUUUAUCUUUAUUUUUAUUAGAAAUACAGAUAAACUCAAGGCUCUCUAUCCUAGGGCGGAAAUUUUUAUUAAAAUGGACUACAAAAACAGCAGAUGUUACAAGAGCUUAUCAGUUCCUGAAUAAAUAAAGAUCGUAGAAUAACUAAUACGAGGCAUGCUACAAAGGACUGGUCAAUAUGUAUUUUUGUAAUAAGAAAGUUUUUUGUAUGAAAUUGUUCUAAAGCGGAAAGGUAAGUCGAUGAAGUAAUAAAAAAUUGACUGUAACUGUUUACUGCUGUCUGUUAGAAAGUGCAGAAGUGAGGAGACUACAUCUUUGACUAAAAUUGUUAUUCAAUUCUUUGAUAUGCUAAUUUAAUGUUAUUCUACAUGGCAGGUUAGAAUAAAAACUUCAUUAAUAAAUCACUUCUUACCUUCAGUUAAAGUGACUUUAGUCGAACGGCGCUAAGGUUACAAAGUCAGAAAUCGAUAGAUUUCACUAUUCGAAUGCUUGAAUUGAGUACAAGUUUUGUCCGGAUGGCAUUGAACUGAAAACAAUUUAUCAACAAAUGGGCGGCUUUUUUAAAGUUUCUUUCAGAUGGGAAACAAACAAACCAAGAAAAAAUCAUCAGUCAAAGCACAAGCUAAACCUGCUGUAUCGAGAGGAAAAUCCUUGGAUAAUGUAAAAAGGGUGCUGCUCUUAUACAAAGCAUCGACAGAAAGCUCAGAAACUCAAGACAUCGUAGAUCAUUUUUGUGAUGCACUGAAUCAAGUAAAACCUCCUGGAUGUGUGUCAAUAGAAAACGAAAACCUUUUGAAUGUAUUCAAGUACGAAAAGGAAGGCGUCAAGAAUCGAACAGAGAAAUGGCUGGCUGCACCCAAUAGCGUCCUUAUAAUCCUCUGCUUAGGCGGGCAAGAAGAUUUAUCGCGCCAACAUUUCACCGACAAUAAUGGCGCCUUGUUCACUAAGAUUUUCCCCGUUUGUCUUGGAACAGUGGUGCCAACCGAGUGGCCUGAAGCUUACUGUCUUGGUGUGGCAAACCCCGAGAAGAUUAACCGGCCGAAUGAUUUCGAAGGAGGCGGUUUAGACACCCUUGUGGCGGCCAUCCGUGGAGUUGAGUAA